GCAAGCAUCAAAUAGCCCAAGCCCCUGUGCUGUGCUGUGGAUUUAUUCUAUUUCUUGCUUCGGUUUUAUUAGAACCACCUCAAGCCUGCUUACUACCUGACCAGUUCAGACAGGAUACUAGAAGCAUUAUCAUCACCUCCUUUGCACAAUGCUGGGGCAGAAAGAGCAUGGAUGAGCAAGGCUCCCUCCUAGAAGGAACGGACAUGGCUUUGCUGUAAGGGAGAAUUUCUCUCCUCCGCUGGGCUUCAAAGGAUAUUUUAUCUGGCACAGUGACAACAAGAUCUCUAGGCGAAACCACUUCCUCCCUGCUUUGUAUAUGGCAAAGUUUCUUGCAGAGCUUCUGGGCUGUACAUUGCCAGACAAGGGACACCCCCCCAUGUUUGAGUCCAGAAGCCAGCCCCGUAUCGGUCUGAAGCAAAGCGCCAAGCAGAAGACAUUACCUUUCAGCUCUCUGGCCAAUGAGAAGUCCCUAUUCGACUGCAAACGGGAAAAAAUGCCACAGACGCCUCCCUUUGCAGCGAUGUUCGACAGCAGUGGUUACAACCGAAAUCUUUAUCAGUCGAAAGAGGACACCUGUGGAGGACUCUAUUACCAUGACAACAACUUGCUGUCAGGAUCCUUAGAAGCCCUCAUCCAGCACUUAGUGCCCACUGUCGAUUACUACCCUGAUAGAACGUACAUCUUUACCUUCCUGCUCAGCUCACGCCUCUUCGUGCACCCUUAUGAGUUGAUGGCAAAGGUUUGCCACCUGUGUAUUGAGCAGCAGAGGCUCGAUGAACCGAUGGCUGAUAAAAGCCGUUUACGGAAAAUUGCCCCAAAAAUUCUGCAGCUGUUAACAGAGUGGACAGAAACGUUCCCGUACGAUUUCCGAGAUGAGCGAAUGAUGAGGAAUUUAAAGGAGCUGGCCCACCGAAUAGCCAGUGGGGAUGAGAUGUAUCGGAAAAACGUACAGCAGAUCAUCCAGAGUCUCAUCCGCAAGCUGGCCUCUCUUAGCCAGUACGAGGAGGUGCUUGCGAAAAUCAACGCCACCUCUACAGACAGGCUGACGGUGCUGAAGACCAAACCCCAGGCCAUCCAGCGAGACAUCAUUACCGUGUGCAGUGACCCCUACAUGUUAGCCCAGCAGCUGACUCACAUAGAGCUCGAGAGACUCAAUUACAUUGGGCCGCAAGAAUUCGUCCAAGCAUUUGUACAAAAGGAUCCAUUGGAUAAUGACAAGAGCUGUUACACUGAUCGGAAGAAGACCCGGAACCUGGAAGCCUAUGUGGAAUGGUUCAACAGGCUCAGCUACUUGGUGGCCACAGAGAUAUGCAUGCCUGUGAAGAAGAAACAUCGAGUGAGAAUGAUUGAGUAUUUCAUUGACGUGGCCCGGGAAUGCUUCAACAUAGGCAACUUCAACUCUUUAAUGGCAAUCAUUUCCGGAAUGAAUAUGAGUCCCGUCUCUCGACUAAAGAAAACCUGGUCAAAAGUCAAGACGGCCAAGUUUGACAUCCUUGAGCAUCAAAUGGACCCUUCCAGCAAUUUCUACAAUUACCGCACGGCUCUGCGUGGAGCAGCUCAGAGGUCUCUGACCGCUCACAGCAACAGAGAGAAGAUUGUGAUCCCUUUCUUCAGCCUGUUAAUCAAGGACAUCUACUUCCUCAAUGAGGGCUGUGCCAACCGCCUUCCCAACGGGCACGUCAAUUUCGAAAAAUUUUGGGAACUGGCUAAACAAGUGAGUGAGUUUAUGACGUGGAAACAAGUAGAGUGCCCUUUUGAGAGGGACCGGAAAAUCCUUCAGUACCUGCUCACCAGCCCAGUCUUCGGCGAAGAUGCACUUUACUUGGCUUCAUAUGAGAGCGAAGGCCCUGAGAACCACAUUGAAAAGGACAGAUGGAAGACUCUGAGAUCCACACUUCUGGGAAGGGUUUAACAUGUGACUGACUUCCUGCUCCCACCUCUGCUGCUGUUACAUGGACUCGUAUCAUUAAGGGCCGAUAUCUCGGUCCUUGAUUUCCCCCCUCCCUUUCCCCUUCUGUUUUAAAUCAAGUGACAUUUCAAGUUAUGAGAACUGUGCAGCUGGUGGGAGACAUGUCAGAACUCCUAUGCUGAAGAACAAACAGACUGAUUUCUCAAACCUGAUGAACCAUCAGAUUAAAUUGCAAGUUUGUUAUGGGUGAUUGAUCAAAGGUGGUAAUGAGGAAAUCCUUUGGAAGAUCUGACCCGCGAAACACCUGGAUGGGAUUUUCCCCGCCCCCGCCUUAUUCGCGCCCUGCUGCUCCUUUGAUGUGUUACAACUCGCUGCUACUUGAGUGCUGGAUUCUAAAGCAAACUUUCACUUCAACUCUUGUGAAACCGUCCAAGUGGGAAUUCCAUGUUGGGUGUAGAAUGCAAGGAAACCCUUCUAAGCUGGUCUUUUGCAGACCCAAUCUAGGAAUCUGGGUUUCUUCCAGAAGUUCACAACUGAGUGAAAUGGGCUGCUAUGACUUUCAUCUAUUUAUUGUGGAAGGGGUGCGGGUGUUAAUUAUUCUUUUGAAUGGUUUUGAGCUUGCUGCUGGUUGGCAAACUCUGAUUGUGUAUUUAAAAAUUAAAGGAAGCAAUUGUGUGCUGUGAUAGCAAAAGCAGACACUAGAAGGAUAUGUAGCAAAUGUAACUAGACUGUCUAGAGAAGUUUUCCCUCCUUCCCAUUUCACAUUUGUUUUAGUUUUGUUUUUGUUUAAGGGUGUAGCUAUACUACAGAUUUAACCUGCUGUGAAACCAGUUUAACAUCCUGGCUUUUCCCAAAGGAAACCCCAAGACCUUUGGAAACUGUAGUUCCUCAAGGGUAUUCAGAAGACUUUCUUCCGUAGAACUGCAGUUUCCAAAGUUCCUUGGCUGGGGGUGGCCAUGACAGUUAAACAGGUUUGAAGUUGGUUUACAUUUGUGGUGUAGAUAUGUCCAAAAUGUCUGUAUUUAUGUGUGCCCCCCCCGCAACCCCCAUUAUUGAAUGAACAAGUUGGCUUCUUUUUCUACUAGAGAAACCACCGCUCAGACUGCGGGUAAAUAUAAUAUAAAUUAAGCUUCUUCUUCUUCUUCUUCUUCUUCUUCUUCUUCUUCUUCUUCUUCUUUUUUUUAAAAAGCAGUGUUUGAAAGUAAUGGCUGUAGUGUGUAUAUAUAUGAUUCAGUAAAGCUAACUGAAAUUGUGAAAUCUUACAAAGGAGCGUGUCUCUUCAGCUACAGCUGUGAACUGAAAACACCCCACCCCGGCUCUUCCUUCAUGAGUUUAUGAGCAUAGUUUUGACUGUGAAAGAGGUCACUCUGUUACACUUCCUAGGAAGUCUGUAGUAGCUCUGAAUGCUUAGCCCCUGUAUUUUACCCACUAGGAAAUUCUGGCAAAUGAAAGAGCCCCUGGAUAAUUAGGCAGCCGUUAACAAGUAAUGUUCAAUGCAAAAGGGCAUGUGUGUAACUGGUGCCACUGUGGAAACAAAUAAAAAGACCUACCUUGCCCCGCA